AUGAUCCUCGUUCAUGCCGCGGAGAGGUACCAGGUCUACGACCUGGGAGCCCUGCUUGGGAAGCUCCCAGGCAAGUUGGGCCCGGGCAUGCAGAUCUUUACCAACCUCAUGGUGUGGGUGGUCCUCUUUGGCUCACUAGUCAGCUACAUCAUCAGCAUCUGCGACUCAGCACAGCCCUUCAUCGUCGGGACCAUCCUAGAGCAACGUUGGGCCCUUGCCGGGUUGGCCUCAGUUUUAGUGCUGGGCCUCUGCUUCCUUGAUCAGAAGUACUUGUCCUUUUCGUCUGGUGCAGCCAUCCUGGUCAACAUGUACUUGCUGGGCUUGGUUUGCUUCGAGUACGGCAAGAAGGCCACCCGCGAUGAGCUCCCAUCUGGCGUCUGUAGCCUGGGCCUGUCCAAGGGGUCCGUGACAAUGGUCAGCACAAUGAUGCAGAGUGUCAUCAUCCAGAUGUGCGUGCUGCCGAUGUACAAAGAGCUGGAGAACCGAAAUCCGCGAAGGUUUGGCAGGCUGCUGACUAUCGCCUUCUCCGUCUUGACACUGAUCUUUAUCAUCCUUGCUAUGGCUGGCUACUACGCCUUCGGACCAUCUGUAGAGUCAAACCUGCUGUCCUCCUUGCCGCGGACAACCGCAAUGAAUGUGGCACAGGCUGGGAUGAUUCUUACCAUGGCAGCCGUUUAUCCAAUCAUGAUGAUUGCUAUGAUUGCCCCCGUCAAGAACCUGCCACUGGAGCAAUUCGGUGCUCCAGCCCAGGCAGUGCGGCGGAAGUUUCUUUCAGUUGCUGCUUUGAUCCUUUUCUUCGUGGUGGCCUCGUUCUUUGUGGCGCUAGAGGUUCGCAGUCUAGGACUUGUGAACGUGCUGGAUGGGGCCUUGUGUGUCGGUGUUUUCACAGCCUUGGCACCUGGACUGGUGGGGCUGCUACUGGUGGACCGACGCUCGAUGGCAUGGAGGUCCGCCAUGUGGCUCCUACUGGUGGGCGGGAUUGGACUGAGCGUCCUGGGCUUGGUCUUUACCAAGAAUGACCCCGAGCUUCUUGCGGAAGCUUGCAAGCUUCCACGUCCUGCUGAUGCACAAAUAGGAUUGGUUCUGACGGAUCUGGGCGUCAGAGCCGCAUAG